UUCCCACGCUUAUCAUGAAUUUAUUGAGUUAAUUUUCGAUAUUUGAAGUCAACAAGAUUUUAAACAUCAUAAGCAGUUUGUAUUUAGUGCAAAUUUGUAUAUGUAAAAAACAGUAAAACGUUGCCGGAUGAAGGAAUGGAAAUUUUGAGUCAAUGAAGUUAUUGAAACAGGAUAGAAUAUGGAUGAUUCUCUAAAACUUGCAGAACCAUCGUCUGCAGCCUUUGCAGGAGCUGUUAGUGGAUGUAUAACGAGGCUAUUAUUUCAACCAUUAGACGUAGUGAAGACAAGAUUUCAACUUCAAGUAGAACCAAUAAAACACCAUUCUGUAAGUAAAUAUCGUUCAUUACCGCAAGCAUUUGCGUUAAUUGUCAGGGAAGAAGGAGUAAGUGCAUUAUGGAAAGGACACGUACCAGCGCAAUUAUUAUCUAUUGUUUACGGUAUGAGCCAGUUUUAUUCCUACAAUUUAAUAACACAACAUUUAAGUCAAUAUCAAAUAGUCCAUGAAUGGAGAAAUACUUUACAUUUUGCUGAAGGUGCAAUUGCUGGAGCUGUGAGCACAACGUUAACGUUUCCAUUUGACACCAUAAGAACUAGACUAAUUGCUCAAUCAUCAAAGCACAAAGUUUAUAAUGGAUUACUCCAUUCUUGUUUGUCCAUUUUUCAAGAAGAAUCUUCAAAGGCUUUUUUCCGUGGCUUACUCCCAACAAUUUUACAAAUUGCACCUCACACAGCCUUUCAAUUUUAUUUCUUUGGAAUAUUCAAGGACCUUUAUAUUAAGUUUACCAAUGAUUCCAGGACUACUAUAGCAGGUACUAUGACAGCAGGAAGUCUUGCCGGACUCGCUGCCAAGACGAUCAUAUAUCCAUUUGAUUUGAUAAGAAAAAGACUACAAAUUCAAGGCUUUCAACAUGGGAGAAAAGGAUUCGGAGUUUUCUUUCACUGCACUGGAAUGAAAGAUUGUAUUAUUAUAACAAUUAAACGAGAGGGUGUUAAUGGUCUUUUUAAAGGUUUAGUGCCCAGCCAGGUGAAGGCUGUCGUCACUACUGCUUUACAUUUUACAAUUUACGAACAAACUUUAGUUAUUAUGCAACUUUUGAAGGAAAAAUAUUAGUAAAUUUUAAUUUCUUCCUUCAUGUUCAUUUUGAUUUCGUUUCUUUUUUUAUGAGAAUUUACAAAAAGCCACAUUAUAUGUUUUACAGUUAUGAAGACAAUUUACUUUUUUUGGUUUAGCUGGUUUAUAUUUUAGUUUUUAAUAAUUGCAAGAGAAUAGAUCAUUUUUGCGGGGAAUUGAACUCAAGUUCUUGUUAUUAGGAGUGAGAAAAAAUUAAUUUAAUAAAAUAUAAUAUUACAAAAUUAUUUAAAAAUCUUCAUGUACUUAGUUGUGAGUUUAUUUUUUAGUUAAGUUUACAAAUAAGUGAACAGCUGUAUCAAAAUUAAUUGAUUUAUUCAAAAGUUCGAUAAAAUAUUUAAUUUUUAUUUCUGAAUAAGUUUUCUAGUAAAGUAUACAAGCGUAAUAACUUACUACAAAUUUUUCAUAUAUAAAAAAUUGUAAGUCGUUAACUGUAUAUGGAAUUAGUUUUCUAUGAAAUUCGUAAGAUCACUAAAUUUUUUUCAUUUUUUCAUAAUUUCUGAUAUAAGGAACUUGAAUCUAAUUUGUGAUGAAAGUUUUGUUUAAAAAUAUAAAUGUAGUUUGUCAAAGAAAAUUAGUUUUUAUUUUGACAAUAUGAUAACAUCAAAUUUGCAAGGUACUCAGUAUUUAUUAAUAAUACAAUAAUGUAGUAUUUAAAGUAUUAAUUAGUAAUUAAAUCGUCAUAAAUGGAAGGAUAAUUAUUUAUUUAAAACAUAAUUAAAUGAGAAGGUAACCAAAGUAGAAAUAAAAACAAAAUGUAUUUAAUGCAAUAGUGAUAAAUAUUAAAAUGUUAAAUAAAAACUCCCUCCAAUUUAUAUUAUACCUAUUCAAUGAAAUCGGAAUUAAUUAUAAAUACCAAAUAAAAACAGUGAGUUAAAAUUUUUUUUUUUCUUAAAUAUGUAAAAAAUUACUUAUUACUCAUGUUUACAUGUAAAAUUUAAACAAAUUGUAAUUUUCAUUUCAACUUUACCUCUCAUUUUGUAGAUUUGUAUAAAUGAAAAUACUUUUAAUAAAUACAGUGGUUUUAUAACGA